AUGACAUCAUUUUUCAACGUCAGUGCCCUCGGCGGCAAUCCGUUUUCGUCGCCCGUUGGUCAGAAAAUCGAACAAGCGACAGAUGCCAAUCUGGCGUCAGAGAACUGGGCACUAAACAUGGAAAUCUGUGAUAUGAUCAACGAAUCGUCUGACGGGGCCCGAGAUGCAAUGAAGGCGAUCCGUAAGCGAAUGACGCAAAACGCCAAGAACUACACCGUGAUCAUGUACACGCUGACGGUGUUGGAGACAUGCGUCAAGAAUUGUGGCAAGGCGUUCCACGUGCUGGUCGCGAACAAAGAGUUCAUCCAGGAGCUGGUGAAGCUGAUCGGUCCCAAGAAUGAACCACCGCCGAUCGUACAAGAGAAGGUGCUGAGCCUGAUACAGAUCUGGGCGGACGCGUUUCGCACUCAACCGGAUCUGAACGGUGUGGUGCAGGUUUAUCAGGAGCUCAAGAACAAGGGCAUUGAGUUUCCGGCGACCGAUCUCGAUGCCAUCGCUCCGAUCUACACUCCACAGCGGAGUGUCCCUGAUGGAGCACCGGCUGUGGAAAACGUUAGCACACUACCGGUUUCACCACACCAUCACGCAUCGCAAACGCCAGGAUCGCCAGCUAUGCCACCACCGUCAUCGAUGUCGCAGGAUCAAAUCGCAAAACUGCAGUCCGAGCUGGACAUCGUGGCGAUGAACAUGUCCAUCCUUGGCGAGAUGCUGACGGAGCUUAAACCGGGCAAGGAGGAUGCUGCUGACUACAAACUGCUGUCGGAUCUGACAUCCACGUGUCGGGAAAUGCAAAGCCGCAUCGUCGAGUUGAUCGGAAAAGUGCAGCAUGAUGAGCUAACGGCCGAGCUGCUGCGGUUGAACGACGAGCUGAACAAUCUGUUCCUGCGGCAUGCCCGGUACGAAAAGAACCGCGACCCGAAGAAUGCCUCCAGUGCGACUCCAUCGGCCAUUCUCGGGGCGGCCCUUGGAGCAGUUCCGUCGGCGACCGGGGAAAAACGCGACUCGUCGCUCAUUGACCUGAGCGAGGAGACGGGUGCAAGUGGAGGUGCGAAGAGCCACGCCACGGUAAGCUCGCAGCUGGCUGCGCUAAGCUUGGCUGCGGCCGGUUCGAAUGCGACCGCUUCGUCACAGUUGGCACAACUGACGAGCGUUUCGGCUCAGUCCGGUUCGGCUAUGGCAUCAAAGUCACCGAUGCGGAAUACCUCCUCCACCACGGGCAAGAGCAGUAACAUUCCACCGGACGUUGUAUCGGACGAGUUCGAUAUGUUCGCCCAAUCGCGAAAUACCACUGGUGAAAAAGAAACGGCCAGGUUAGACGUCCUGGGAGCGACAGUAGGCAGUACGGCACUGGGUACGAGGGAAUCGGAAUUCGACGAGAUCGAACAGUGGCUGGGAAAUCCGGACGACAUCGACAACCUCGAGGCACAGAUGGCAUCCGUGGGUGCGAUGGGUGGUGGCGAUGGGCAUGGGGCAGUCGGUGGUACCGGCGGGGCGGAGGAAAGCUUGACGAGCAAAGAGUUCGAGAAGUUCCUCGCCGAACGGGCGGCCGUGGCAGAGACCCUACCGACGAUAAACACCACCAGUGGUUCGGCACCGGGCAAGGACAAAAAGAAAAAGUCCGACGAAAGCGAAGGGUUGCUGGCGCUGUGAGCUGGGACACAUCCUCCCGAUACGGGAUGGCUAACGAACGCGUAUCAAGGAGCCAUGUCCGAUAGUUGUUUUCUAUAUUAUUAUUGUAGUAAUUCUUUUUCGUGGUACAACGAUCGUUUAGUUUGGCCAGCUGGUUUGACCCUUGAGCGAGCUCCUGUUUCCGUGUGGACGGUGGUGUGAACGUUUCUUAAGACCAGCUCAGGCAGGGGUUUGACUGUAGAGACAUUUUGCGAAAAGCCAAAAAACCAAAACCGACGAUGAGACCGUGCAUGUCGACAAACGAGUGAAUGAUGGCGAUCGUUGAUCGACAAGUGUGAUUAAGCCAAUUUUAUCCUUUUGUUUUUGUUCUUCUACACGUAACACCAUCCUUUCUUUUAACUAUCCUUUAGUAGUUUUUUCUUUCGUUCCACGGGCAUGUUGUGUACAAGUGAGCCAUAUUAUAAAUACAUAUACAUAUUAAAACAACCGGACGCAGGGGAACGACAACGGCUGAAGAGAUGAUGACGGCAAAGUUUGACGUCGUGAUGGGGGGACAGAAAGCGAGGGAUGAAACAAAAUAUAUUUAAUUGUGAACUAGUUGUAUUUAUUGAAGUAAGACAAAUCCUACACCGUUUAGUAUGGGAAAGAAACAAGGAGAGGGCACGGGAAGGAAUGCGUAUUAUUAGGAAGGAGAUGGUUGUAAAGAUUGUGCAUUACAGAAGUUAAAUUAAGGCUCUGGCUAGCGGGAAGGCCGGCCGGCUGCUUAGAUGGAUCGCUUUUUCUUCUUUUUUCUAAACAUUCACAAACAUUCGGUGUUGUCGUUGUUACCAUUUUGUGUUGUAUGUUUUAUAAAAAAAUAUAUAUUAAUACAAGGACGAAUUUUCGAGCUAUGAUUAAAACCGUUAAAGUGCAGCUAAGGAAGCGUCUUUUGUGUCGAGCGUAAGCUGAUUGAGGGUGUAGUUUGUAUCUCCCGAUCAUCGCCAUCAUCAACUACCCACCAAUGGCCGAGUGUGAAAUGAGGAUUGUAAAGAAACAUGAAUACCUAAACUAAUAUUAUAUCGAUUCAAGAGAGAAGCAAGAGCAACGCGAUCAAGCGUACUGUAGGGACGAGCUACUGCAUGAGAUACUUUUUUCAGUACUCCCACCUCCUUGUGAAAUAGAAAAAUCUAGUGUUAGCGGGAAACUUCUUUACACGAUCACUUUGUUUUAAGCAGAGCGGAGCAGGGCAGUAAAACUGUUUUUUUUUUCUUCUUUUCGUCACUUUCGGGGAACUACAAACGAAAUAUAAUAAUGUCUAAUAAAGUAUGCAAGCAUCU